GUCUUGAGGAGGCUGUCAAGCAAUCGCCGAGACUGCUUGAUGUGCUUGAUGUGCUUGACGGUGCUUGAUGGUCACGCCAAGGCGCCUGAACAGACUCGAAUGGCGAUGAAUUUGUGAGCAUCCUGAAUCUUGCUUCCUGUCUUAUACCUACGAUAUGGCCGGUCUUGAUCGGGAUGUCCACCAAACAGGCAUCGUCAGGCUUCCAGAAGCCAUCCACGAUCGUCCCAGCUCUUCACAGCUGAAAUCAACAUUGACCUAUCCCAUCCAUACCUGGCCAUAUCUCAGUCUGCCAUCGGUGACCUUCCCAACGCAGGAUGACACCCGCGAACUAGGGCCUCAAAGAUGUGGCGCGUCUCGAUUAAUGCCUGGCUUUUGAAUGGUCCGUCCUUAUCAAACCUCGCUACAGAUUCCUACGCUGGCCGUCUGGAAGCACAACCAUCGGCUGCCUCCGCGUUCUUCACUCGCUAACAUGCUUGAGAUCAUCCAUGUGGGCACCUGCAGCGUCACAUCGAUCUUGGGGCGCGCCCGCCCGGUCCUUUGCACCCUUGACCUGGGACGGAUAUGCUCGAGAUUCGAGGCUCCGGUAGGCUCGUGUAUCGAUGUCCUGGUUAUCUUGCGCCAAUGUAUAUCAAUGGACGCGAUCGCUGCGAGGUAACCUUUCCUCCCUCUCUGCCAGUCUGUGUGACCCUUCGCUCCUCAUAGCUUAAACAAUCCGUCCCCAGGCACACGAGCAGCCAUAUCGACAGUCAUGGCAUCCGCGCAGCCUGCAAGUUCCUCCCUUACCUCCAAAGAUGUCGUCGACGUUGAGAAGCAGCCCGGCAUUAGCACCUCGAAUGACGGUGAAAUCCGCCGCGGCAGUGUCACUCCUGCCUACGAGAUCGCACGAGCUCGCGAAAUCCAGAAUUCGAUCGCACCACUGCGUUGGCUGAGCAAAGGCGAGCUGUGGAUGGAUGAAAAGAUGGGCAUCGAAACCCAAGGUAUCGACCGAAUUCCUGAAGACAUGAAACGACCUCCUCAUCUCAUCAACACUUUCUUCAUGUGGUGGUCAAUGACUUGCCACGUCGGCACUCUUCCAUUGGGUGUGUUGGGACCCGAGUUCGGUCUGACAUUGGGACAGUCCGUCGCGGCAAUCGUCGUUGGCACGUUCCUCGGUGCACUUUGUACUGCAUACACUGGUACUUUGGGACCCAAGACUGGCUUGCGGCAAAUCGCCAUCUCAAGAUACUCUUUCGGUUUCUGGGGCGCGAAGCUCUGCAGUGUUCUGAACGUGAUCAUUGGAGGUGGCUUUGCCGUCGUCAACGUGGUCAUCACUGGACAAAUGUUGUCAGCAGUCAGCGAUUAUACCAUGACCAUUGCAGUCGGUUGUGUGAUUGUUGCUGUUGUGUCUUAUGUGGUUUCCGUCUUCGGCUUUGCGAUCAUCCACACCUUUGAGAAAUACAGCUGGAUUGUGUGCUUCAUUCUGCUGUGCGUCUUGAUCGGUCAAGCGGCACCGCACGUCGGACCCUCAGCCCCAGGCUUUGGCACAAAUCUUGAAGUCGCCGGCUCGUGGCUCAGCUUCAUGGCAAUCUGCUUCUCCAGCUCCUCCGGGUGGUGUUCGAUGGCCGCCGAUUACUACUGCAAUUACCCUGCUACCACAAAGAGCUGGAAGAUCUACGCCCUCACACUAUGGGGUGUGACCAUUCCCACGGUUUUUGUAACCGUUAUAGGUGCCUGCAUCGGGAAUGCUGCUCUGCUGAACGCCUAUCCUCCAUACGCUGACGCAUACGAGAACCACAGCCUUGGUGGUCUUUUGCUCGUAAUUUACCACCCCAUUGGUUGGAGCAAGUUCUGUCUGGUUAUCCUCACAUUCAGCGUCCUGGGUAACAACAUCGCUAUCAACUACUCCUCAGGCCUUUCUCUGCAACUACUUGGCCAUUAUUUCCAUGCCGUCCCGAGAUUCAUCUGGUCUUUCUUGGUCGCUCUAGUGGUUGCUGUCCUCGCCAUCGCCGGAAAGGACCAUCUCUCAGCCAUUGUCUCUGAUUUCGUAUCCCUGCUAGGCUAUUGGACGAUCUCUUUUACCUUCAUUCUCCUGAUCGAAGAUCAAUGGUUCCGCAAGCGUUCUGGUGAAGGUUACAACCUGGAGGCCUGGGAUCAGCCGUCUAAAUUGCCGCUGGGUAUCGCUGCCGUCCUUGCCCUGCUUUCCGGUUAUCUGGCUGGUGGUGUCACUGGGAUGUCUCAAGUCUGGUAUGUCGGUCCCAUCGCUCGUUAUUUUGGACCAUACGGCGGCGACGUGGGUAUUUACUUGUCUGGCGUCAUUACCCUGAUUGUCUACCCGAUAUGCAGAUGGUAUGAGAGGAAGAAGACGGGCAGAUAAAUGUGACUGCCGGGUCGCCGUGGAGUGUCCGUGCUUGAUAUGUACAUCGGAAAACUGGUACUUGUUUGAUGAUGUUGAAAUGUAGGCCUUGUAUCGAAAAG